AUGGAUCGAGAAGCGGCUGCCCGGUCGCUUUUGAUGACGGGGAGGGCGCGACAUGCUUGCGUGAGAUGCAAGCGCCAAAAGCUCAAGGUCUACCGAGAGCAUCUCGGCAGUGCCACGGCAUCAGGUCAUCUCGAUGCCCUCCCGGACAGUCCCCCCGACAGGGUGCAGCCCACAAACCGCCCCAAGAAUGCCGUACCCAUCGCCGAGCUCAUCGGCGUCGAGCUCCCGCCCGUCCCCAUCAUCGAGUGCCUGCUCGAGACGUACAUAGGGUCCAUCCACUGGUAUGUGACGCUAUUUCACGAACCGACCCUGAGGGCACGUCUCCGAUCCCUCCUCGCCUCCGGUAGGGCAAACGCCGACGACUUUUCCUUCCUCAUGUUGAUCGUCAUCAUCCUUGGCAUGGCGGCGCGGUAUGUAUCACCCCAGCAGAUGAAGCAGCACGGCGUGGAAUUCAACGCACUUGCUCUCGAGGCCAAGCUCGUCGCCGCCGCCGAGCAACAGCUUCUCCAGGUCCUCGAGGACCCUACUUCUAUGGCUGUUUCGUUCUUGGACUUGCUUGCGUCGCACUACUUGUUUAACCGGAAAGUGAGGCGGGCGUUUGUCAUCAUGGGUGUUGCCAUGAGAGCUGCUCAAGCUAUGGACCUGCAUAAUGAGCCGGCGUGGGGAGACAUUCCUGCUGUGGAGAGGGAAUGUCGUCGGCGUCUUUGGUGGACGCUCUACACUAGCGAAAAGUUUGUCGCGCAAUCAUAUGGCCGACCCGCCGUUAUUCAAGACAUAGACGUAGAAGUCAGCUUCGCAGACAUGGACGACGACUCGUACACACCAAUGCCCGUCACAUCAAAAGAAAUAUUCGAAAACGGAACGCAAAAAUUCGUCACGGCGAGCUCUUAUCAUCGAUACAAGGCCAGGCUGUAUCGGAUCGCCGCGCCUAUCACCAGAGUCAUGCGGAAGGCGAGGACGGUCGCCGAAAUUACGAACCAGAUCCGGACGGUCCACGCGCAGAUGCUCGAAUUCAAGCGGGUGUUACCGAUGGAUUUGAGACUGGAAACGUACGAGGAGAGUAACCUGGACUACAACAAGAAGGGCCUCCGAUCGAUUCUUCAUCUUCAGUCGCUGGCGCUACGAAUUUCUUACGAUAAUAUACAAAUGCUUCUCCAUCGGCCAUUGAUCUCGAUUAAGGAUCUAGAGAAGCAGUCUACAGACACGUCUAGUGCUACGCUGGGCAGAAAUGGUGGGAGUGGUGGGAGUGGCGGAGGCGGAAGAGGAGGAGUAGGCGGUGGGCAGCAAUCGGGUGACCUGAGCAGCGAAAUAAGCGAAGACAUGAUCGCAGCAUCGCGACGACAAUGCUGGCAAUCGGCCCUCCAAUUAUCGCAUCUCAGUCGCCACCGGGGCGCUCUCGAAUUCCUCAAGAACACUCCCCUAGGCGCCCACAUCGGCAUGAACUGCUUCACGGCCGGGGUCAUGCUCGCUAUUUUCGCGCUAUCGAAGCCGUUCACGACGCAGGCGCAGGAGGCAAAGCAGGCUCUCGGUCGGCUCAUCCGCAUCGGGACGUGGGCGCAGUUGUCGAUUGCCUCAUUCAAUCAGAGCACGGGCAUCCUUAAAGACCUGCUGCGAUUGAUCAUGGAGAAGGAACUCAAGGCGUUGACGGAACCGAAUGAGCACGAGACGUUUUCGAGUCAAUCGCAACAGCAGCAACGCAGACCGAUCGGGGAGGACGUUUCGAGGGCCGGAGAUAAUAAUAGCGAUGCGGCAAGGGUGCCGACCGAGAAUUCAAUUAACCCUCAUCAUGUCGAGGCGCGGGUCGCUUUAAUUCAUCACGUCGAUGCGGUGCAACAAGGGAUUCAGCCGCAGCCGGGCGCAUUCGGGGGCGGAAGCGGGCAGCAAUACGCGUCGGAUCCGUUUGGGGGGUUCGUGGACUGGUACGGAUCCAGCGCAAAUGAGGGGUUUGAUGCGGCGCUGUCGUCUCUGCAGAAUGCCUUUUUGGGAAACGCCAGCAGCUCGGUCCUCGAUCUAGAGUACCCUGAUUGGCAGCUGAUGCUAGACGAGCCACCCACCCCGAGGGGCACGGGGCAGAUAGUUGGAGAUUGCCAGGACGUUUCCGGUAAUUCCGCCGGAACGUGGCACGACCACGAGGUGGAGCAGGACCACAUCCAGCUCGACCCUCCCCAUCCCCAGACUCGUCCCCAUCCUCUUCCCCACGAGGGGCAGAUGUAA